AUGUUCUAUGCUACAUGGGAUCGUAUCAUAGGCCUCUAUACAAUAUUGGUAUUGGGAGGACUAGUACUACUGGCACCUUACUCCAAGGUCGAGGAGAGCUUCAACACACAGGCUGUACACGACUUCCUCUACCACACUACUGACCUGGAGGCCUAUGAUCAUUUGGAGUUCCCCGGUGUAGUACCGCGGACGUUUUUAGGUGGGUGUUUUGGUGGGUUUUUUACUACACAGACAUUCACAGCAUUGGUAUUCCGUUGUGACCUCCUAGCAGUAGCACUAGCACUGGCUCUUGAGGUCAUCGUACGUGAGGCUAUAGAGCACAGGAAGGCUAGGACGGUAGUUGGUGACGUCAGUGGUAGUAGUAGCGUUGAGUGGACUGAAGGCAGCUAUGUGUGGCAUAGUAUUGUCGAUCCCUCUGGACUCUCUGGUGAGCAGGCUUAG